GGUGCGUGCCGGAAGCGGAGUGUCCGUGCCGCAAUGAGGGGAGCUCGGUGUGGGGCCUCGGUACUGGGCCGGGCCCUGCGGCCUCCGGGUGUGCGGAGAGGUUUUGCUGCCACGCUGGUUAGGAACUCGUACGAUGUCAGAAAUGUUGAAAUCACUCCCCCGGAGCAGAGGAAGGUGACUUUUGAUACUCACGCUUUAGUGCAGGAUCUGGAAGCCCAUGGCUUUGGGAAGGAACAAGCAGAGACCAUCUUGAGGACAUUAGUAAACCUGUCGAAUGUCAGCUUGGACACAGUCUAUAAGGAUAUGGUUACUCAGACUCAGCAGGAAAUAACUUUGAAGCAGAUAAUGGCACAUUUGGACUCCAUUCGAAAAGACAUGGUCAUCCUGGAGAAAAGUGAAUUUGCAAACUUGAGAGCUGAGAAUGAGAAAAUGAAAAUCGAAUUAGAUCAAGUCAAACAGCAGCUGUUGAAUGAAACGGGUAAGAUCCGAACUGACAGCAAGCUGGACAUUAACCUGGAAAGGAGCAGGGUGACAGAUAUGUUCACAGACCAGGAGAGGAAAUUGAUGGAAGUGACUACAGAGUUUCAUAAAAAAGAUGCCAGUACCAACAGUGUUAUCUCAGAAAUCAGUAAUAAGAUUGACACUGAAAUAGCUUCCUUAAAAACACUCAUGGAAUCGAAUAAACUUGACACAAUACGUUAUUUGGCAGCUUCAGUAUUCACUUGCUUAGCGAUAGCACUGGGAUUUUACAGGUUCUGGAAAUAGAUCCACGUGGAAUGACUGCAUCACAGAGAUGGAGAAAAGGCUACGCAGGCAGCAUCAGUUGGACGAUGGUGUUUGUGCUGUAGAUAACCUUGGUACCUUUUUGUUUUGAUACCCUUACUGUGCACUAUUUGCUGAAUAUGUAAUACUAAAGAUCAAAGUAAUUGGGAGGGAAGUAGCCAAACAGGAAUACUACAUUGUCCUUCAUGGAAUACUGUAUUUAUUUCCAAGGACGACUUAUGCUAAAGCAGAAAGAGUUUCCUGAUGUGUUUUAGGAUUAAUUUUGUUUUCUUUUUGGAACAUUCUCAGUGGAACAUUCUCAUUCUCACCUCCUUUUGGAAUGGAAAUAUUAAACAUUUGAUCUGCCCUUGAACUGAGAAUACCUUUCCCAUGUUAGUAUUCCCAAUAUGGGAACACUAAUGCCAGAUUCCACAGAUCUGCUCUGAUCCAAGUAUAAAUUGGAUUUUUGCCUUCAAUCUGUUCCCCUCUUCUGACAGAUUGAAGCCUGGCCCUUUGGGAUUUUUAAUGUAUGUAUAUAUAUGUAUAUACAAACCCACACUGCAACGGCCUUUACUAGAGAAUCCUUGGUUUUUUCCUGAGAACUGGUUUACAUAUAUUUCAAAUCUCAUGUAGAACUAAAAUGUCUUCUUAGACUGGGGGUUUCUUCAGCAUCUCUUGCAAUUUCCAUAACCCUGGAGGUCAAUGGAAUGGGAGAACUUACCUGUGUCUUUCCAAGGGGAAACCCCUCUGCUCACAGCAGCCCCGGGGCAGAUUAAGUGCUCUUAACUCCUCCCUUCAGGUAGCACAGAGUAUUUCCAGUAAACCCUGGUGUAUGUUCUGGGCGUAGGAUAUGGCUUGUAACAUGGAAAUACUCAGCAUCCCAGUGGUGUCCUCCUCCUCCUCCCAUCUCCUCCGGACUGUCCUGUGAUCCUGUGGGAUGUGUUACCUCUCCUCCCUCCUGGUGAUGAUUCCUCUGCCUCCUACAAGGACUUCACACCUCUCGCUGCAGAGCUGGGGCAUAGCUGGUGACUGCUUCCAAAGCUGAAGCGCGGCAUCUGGAGUGCAAAUGCGUGGGUUUGGUUUGGGUCUGCUAAUAAAAUAGGAUUGAAAAAACAGCCUCCCUGGAUUGCACUUUGAGAGUAGUUCCUUUAUGGGUUACACAGUGUGUAGUGCUGGUUAGUGGCAAUUCAUUUUUAUUGCAGUAUUAGUCUGUUUGCAGUUUAAGUCGCUGGUACGCUACCGAGGCUUCUCUGCUGUGCAUUAAGUUAUUUAUCAUCUUCAGUUAAGAAAAUAAAAUCAGUUUCUUAUAUUUGUUA